AGUUUGUAAGCGAUGUCAACAAAAACCAGCUGAUGGAAAAAAACAACAAAACACAACAAAAUUUAAAAAUAGUGAAAUUUUGUGCAAUUUUCUAGUAAAAUUCAAUUACUAACAAUAAUCUAUUAGUUAAUUGUAUUUAAAUUUCAAAAAUUUCGUCUCAAAGACAUGGCUAACAAAGAAAUAUUCUCUAAACAUAUAAAAUCCAAUUUUAAAUUAGCCACCCGCUACGAUGCUGAGGGGCGUGAAGUUCAAGUGGAACGACGCGAGGAUGUUGAUGCCACUGCUAAGGAGCAGGAAACAUUUGAUAUGCUAAUUAAAGCUGGCUAUUAUCGUGCCUGUAUUAAGGGUUUGUCGGCGUUUGAUAAAAUUGUUGGUGGCAUGACCUGGUGCAUAGAAUGUUGUGAUUAUGAUGUCGAUGUUGAUUUGUUGUUUCAUGAAAAUCUAACAAUUGGUCAGAAAAUAGCCUUAGUGGAAAAAAUUGUGGCUGUUUUACCCCAAAUGAAAUGUCCCUUUCGCAUAGAACCACAUCAAAUCCAAGGUCUAGAAUUUUUAAGUAUUCAUCCGGUAAUACAAUGGCUGGUCAAAAAAUCGGUGGAGAAUCGAUCUGAACGUAAUUUACGUUUAAAGCGAUUUGCUAUUGGUCAAUUUCACAAUCACUAUCAGUAUAAAAGUGAUAAACAAAAUUUAGAGAAAAUACGCAAUGCUUCGAGUCAUAUCAAAAGAAUACAAGAACUCUAUAAUCCAGUACGACAAUAUCAACGAAAAGAUUUAACAGAUGAAGAUGAAAAGACUAGAGUACAUUUAACUUUAUUGGAAUAUGGUGAUGUUAUGGCAGCAACUAGCACAAGUCAGACUGAUCCUUUGCAAAGUGAUGAAGAAUCUUUGAAAGAAGAUGCAAAUACUGAACUUGAUGUUGAAAAGUUACUUAAAAAUCUUGUUCUUACCAAAGAGGAAGCCUCAUCCUCACCUCAUAAACUUGACACAGCUACUCGUAUGGCUUUGAAACAACAUUAUCAAGAAUUUAUACAGGAAAUGGCUACUGAUGCCAAAGAAUUAACCGAACAAAAUCAAUUAAAAUCUCUAGAAUCGGCAAAACAGGCUUUACAGCGGAAAUUGGAACGUAAUGAAAAUGAGACCAAAGAGGUAUUGGACUUACUGCAAGAACAAGAGAAAUUGUAUGAAAAUGAAAAGUCACAAUAUGAUCAGUUGUCAAAAGAAAUCGAGGAAUAUAAGAAAGUCGAAGAAAGUGUGGAUGCAGGUCUCUUGGAAAAAGUACAAAAUCUUCUUAAACUGCACGAUGAAUUAAAAAAGGAAGAAUCUGAAUUUAAAGAACACUGUCGUAAGGACUUGUCUGAUCUACAGCAACAAAUUGAAGAACUCGAAAUAUUUAAUGCCCAAGAUCCUGAAGAACGUGAACAGGCCGUAUCGAAGGAAAAAGAACGUAUACAAUUACUUAAACUACAGCUGGCUAAACGUAAUAGAGGCAUAAUGGCUAUACAACGACAAUUGGACAAUACACCAGAUCGCACAGAACUGGCGCAAUAUCAAAGAAGAUUCCAUGAAUUAUACAACGAAAUGAGUUCAAAACAUUUAGAAACGAAACAAUACUACACCCUCUACAACACGCUUAACGAUCAGAAACGUUAUAUGGAAAAAGAACUCUCGCUGUUAAAUUCCAUUUGUGAAGCCUACAAUGAGGGUAUGAUGACAACACAUGGCCGUGAGGAGUUUAUACAACAAUUCGAACAGAUAGUUAAUGGGGUCAAGCAAACGGAACAAAAAGUUAAAACUAAAUACAAUGAGGAGAAAAGACGACGUGAUAUGCUUAAUGAAGAAUUACAAGGUCUUCUAGAAUUGCAGCGACAAUAUGCGGCCGCUGUUAAGCAAUUAACCAAGGAGUGUCAACGUUGCGAACAACUGCAGCAGCAUUUGAAAUCUAUUAGGAAAAAGUAAAAAAAAAACAAAGAAAUGCAGUAAUUAUUACAUUUAUAACAGUGUUUGUUUAAGGCCCUCACAAAAAAAAAGAAAUAAAUUAAAGUAAAUUAAUUAAUUAAUAAUUCCUUGUAUACAAUGCACAAAUUCUUCUAAAACAAUCAAGCAAUAUGUUUUUCAAUAAAGACAUACAAAUCUAAUUUUGUGGUAGUAUUUUCAAAACAUAAAUAAAUAAGUAAAUUAUAU